AUGUGGUCAUCCUCUGUUAUUGCUAUCGCAAUCUCAUUUGCAACCUCAGUUGCUGCUACAGGUGGCUUCCAAGUUAAUGCUUAUGCAAACGGCUGUGGCAACGGAUAUGUCGGCUCGAUCAACCUUGACGAUUGGAACAUUUGGACGCCUUGCUCAUCGUGGAAUUUGCCAAAUGCAUGGUAUUUGAAUGUUGCAGACAACUGGAGUGGAAGUAAUGUUUGUUGCCAAGCUUAUGCAGAUGCUGCCUGUAGCCGUCCAGUUAGUGGUUCAUUCGACGGCUCCGGAGGAUGCGCCUAUACCAGCGGCAACGGAGUGCCUUACAUCCAGUGCCACGUUUGUGCUUAA